ACACACACACACACACACACACACACACACACACACACACACACACACACACACACACACACACACACACACACACACACACACACACUGACUUCAGACAGCAUCUCAGCAUUGAAGGAAAAGGGACUGCACACACAUCGCUCUGCAUGUUGCCUUUUCUCUGCUAUAUGAGAGAAAGGAAGUGCUUGGAAGCUAGAUUAAGUGAACUCUGGUAUUAAGGUGGCUGCCUGUCUAUCUCAGGAGGACGCACCUGCUGACCUGGACCAUGAGCAAUGAGUCUGCCAUCUGGAAAAACCUAACAGAGAACCCCACAGAGCUCCCUCUGGAGCGUGGGGUAGAGGAUGGCUAUGUCCUCCACCUUGUUCUUUUGUCCAUCUUCCUCUCUGCGACGAUUGCUCUGCUGUCUGUCCUGUUGAUUGUUUGUCGCCGCUGUCAUGAGGGAGAGCGGAGCUUUGCUCGGUUCAUUCCCUGCUUCAAGCGUAGCGAUGAUCCAGAGAAGCCGAACACCUCCCAUAUUGAGGAAACGCAGUUGGUGCAUGAAAUCACGAUCCGUGUGGAUGAGUCAGAGUGUUUGUCGGCAGCCAGCUCCCACGAUAUGGAGACCGAGCGCUUCCUGUCCACGGGAAGCACAGGUCGGCGUGUGUCCUUCAACGAGGCAGCCCUCUUCGACCAUAGCAAGAAGGCACAGGAGAAAGGGCGAAGAUACACACUAACUGAGGGCGACUUCCAUCACCUAAAGAACGCCAGGCUCACACACCUCCAUCUCCCGCCGGCCGCCCUCAAGAUCGUCACCAUCCACGAGUGUGAGUCAUCGGAGAACAACGUUGCCAUGACAACACGGCCUGUCACUAAAUCCAGCCUCUCCAUCUUCCAGCCUCCAAUGCGCCCACUGCCACAGACAGCUCUUCGUAGCCUAAGUCCCAGUUCAGCUCUGCCAGGUGAUGCCCUCAACUCCACUGUGGAUACCAGCUUCUGUGAGAGCCCACCAUCUCCCAGCCCAGAGCCUCCAAGACCCAGCUUGAUGGAAAUGAGAGGUGCAAGCUUGAGAAAUGGGGGCAGUCCAAGCAGCGGGCGAGAACCAGCACUCUCUUUAGCCCUGGGUGACUCUGCCUCAAGCUGUGUCCCUCAGGGUCCCGUAAUGCAUUUCUUUACCAAGCUGCGGAGGCAUGCCAGUCUGGAAGGAGCCAGUCCUUACCUUAAGAUCAAGAGAUGGAAGUUCGACAGCAACCAGAGAGCCUCCAGCCUGGAGACCAGAGCAGGCUCCCCCAAACGGAGGCCUUUCCAGAGGCAGCGAGCAGCCAGUGAAAGCAUGGACCAGGAGGAGAACGGUGCCCACCAUAUCGACCUCAUCCAGUACAUCGCCCGCACCAAGGAUGUGACCUAUUGCUCACCACGUCUCCUUUCCCCCCCAUCCACACCCCCACCGUCCCUCGGCAGGUUAGAGGUCGAGGUGAUGGUGGAGCCAAGCUGCAGCAGAGCAAUGGGGCCUGGCAUGAUUGGCCUGAGUGCUGAGUCCCAAGAUGAUGCUGGUGUGGGCUGUCGUCGGGAGAGCACAGAUCACCAGAGCCUUUAUCGUGACAUCUGGACCUUGCGCGCCUCUCUGGAGCAGUACAUCUCAUCUGACCAGAGCAGUAACAAUGACAAAGAGUCAGUGCAUAGUGAUGCAGACAGCGUGUCUUCGCUUAGGCUUCGGACAGAGAAGAGUGGGCUUCCAUGUUACCUUUCCCAGGACAUUGGGGAUGGGAUGGAAGGAGAUGCAGAGAUACCUGGGAAUGAUGGUCUGGAGAAAAGAAGGAAGCAGGAUAGUGUGGACUCUGAGAAAGGGAGUGACGAAUCAAGUACCCGGAAGCUUCUGCAAAUGGACAGUGGCUAUGCAUCUAUAGAUGCCCCCUCUCGUGCCCCUGAUGAGAUACGGCUGUUCCGGAGCAGCAGUGAUAGCAAGGAGGACUCAGGAUCAGCUAUGGAACGCAGACAUUUCUUCACCAGCUCUGCACAUAGAGGAACAGUAUUUGACACCUUUGACACAGACAUAUUUGAUGAAGAACUUGAAGUAGAACCUGGUGGAGCUAGUGGAGGUAGUGAUACGGUGAUAGAAUUGGAAGAAGGUGCUUUGGUGUGGUCACCCUAUGGGCAGAUGUUUACACAGUCUGACUCUCAGUCUCAUGCCUUGUCUUUCCGGGACUAUAGCAUAGAUGAAAAAACGGAUGCACUCUUCCAUGAGUUUCUGCGCCAUGAUCCCCAGUUUGAUCAGCAGGAGUCACCAGUGCGCUCAAAGCACCGGUCUCGUGUGCAUCUACGCAAGCAGUGGCAGCGAUCCAAGCAGUAUAGUGAUCCUGGCCAGCGUUUCCAUUCCUCCUUUGAUCGUUAUCGCAGCCCCCUUCGUCGUGGGGAGACAGUUAACUACCCUCUAGAAAGUAGCUACCACAGCACACUUCCACGAAUUGUCAGCGGGCCAGAUGAAGAAAACAGUGACGGGACUGCCAACCUUGCAGAGAUGCCUAAGGUCAAUCAGAUCUUGGGAGCUGCUGAUAAGAGUCUUGCAUCUCCAAAAGAGGACCAUAUAAAGUACCCUUCCAAUACUGACACCAUUAGAGAGUUGAAAGAAAAGGCAGAGCUUGCACCCUCUGAACUCCCUCCGGUGACUGAUAGUACUCUGGGUCAACCAGAAGUUGCAGAAGAGUCCGGGCACUCAGUCCAGACUCUUGAGCCCACAGAAGGGUAUUCACCCCCACAAUUAGCCCAAACUGGGUAUGGUCCUCAGACAAUCACAGCAGAACUGAGUGAUAAACUGUCUGUAACCCUAGAAGCGCGUCUGUAUUCUGACUUACGCAGGACCAGGGAGCAACACGAGUGUUUGCUGACAGCCACACAUGCCUCACCCGACCACAGCCCAGUGUAGCACAUGGCUCCACUCAUCCCAACCAACUCAAUGUUGAUCUCAACCAGGCUUCAGUGAUCAAAUAUUCAGAGGAAAUUACCCUUAGACACUGAUCGGGGACCAGGUUUGGUUGCCGUUUUAGGGUUGGGAUCACAGCAGCAGACCUCAAAGUGUGGAUCCAUGGUCAGUUUUUAAGGGGAACUUCUUUGUAAAUCAUUUCUAAUGCUCAGUAAGUGGAGAUCGAGACCCUUACCUCACAUCUGACAUGACAUUUUGAAUGGUGUAUUUAUGGUUUAUUGCUUUAUUCUGGCUCCAUUUAGUUAUGUGUUGAGUUCAAAAGCCAAUAUAUUCUCUGCACUAGGUAAUCCACUGUGAAAUUGGGUGCUACUAGACUUGUGAUUAAUGUCCUUUAGCUUUUAUUUGCGAGAUUUCUGUGUCUCCUUACAUUUUUGGAAAAUACACACCUAAUUCAGAAGACAAAAAGCACUUAUCCAUGAUAAAAUCCUUUGUCUCUGAUAUAACAUGCUCUUGAUUUAUGUGUUAUAGGUUCAGUUCCUCAGCCCUAACUCUGUCUAGCCCACUCUAACUGCUCGGCUUUGAUCAUGUCUGACAAAAUGAGCUAUGUAUGUUGCACUAAAAUGAUUGGUGUAUGCACUUUUCAUAAUUUCAACCACAGUGUUCUUCAUUAAGUGUCCUUGUCAUAGUAUGGUGGGGUUCAUACUAGAACCACUGGUAUGGGAGAAAAACUGCCUUUGGUGCAAAUCAUGUAUUGUUAUGAGCUUUUGUUCUUAACCAUACUAUUUAUUAUUGCUUUAAUAGUUAAUGUUAAUGUAUAUGUUUUUCUAAGUGUCUGAAGAAAGAUAAUAGAUUUUGAGUAUUAGUUUUUAAACUUUAGGUUAGGUCAGGUGAGCUAAUUAUCACAUUUUAAUUGAAAAAAAAAAGAAAAAAAAAAGUUUGUGAUAAGCAGAGGGUUUAAAUGAGGUCUGUGCUCCAGUGUGUCUCUUGAGUCACUUGUGUUUUAUUAGAUUUGAUGAGGGAGGCAUGCUUCUUCCUGCAUGCUCUUCACAGACCAGCUACUAUGUGUUCAUUAACAUUUCAUUUUCAUGUGAAGACAAUGAGAGGGAAGCAUUCCCAAAGGCUAAACUCUCAUCCGGCCGUGAAAGAGAAAUUACAAAAGGGUAGUUUGUGGUAAAUCCUAUUGUCAAAUAACCCCAUGCAAGUGGAUCUUGCUAAAAAUGCUACAGUUCUAGUCAAUAUCAAUUAUCCAAUCAAGGGGAUUAAAGUCAGAAAUUUCAAUUAAAGGAUUCAUGUGAAGAGUGGAUGCGAUUAGCAGCAGUGGUAAAAGCCAUUUGUGGAUUCUGUGGCAGAGCAGACUUUCUCAGACUACAGAACCUAAAUGAUGUAUUAGAACCUUUAAGAGCAGGAUUCAGCUCUGCUUUUUCCUCCCUCCUUUUCAUAAUGCCACCUAAGAUUGAGAGGAGGGGGAAAAUACCAUUAGCCUUUAUUUUAGCUGAGAGACAAUGUUCAAAAUAGGCAACAAAUAUGUACAUAAAAAUGGCAUGGCAUGCUUAAUCUUGCUCAGGAUUGCUAAUAUGACAGAUAAAGCUUCAAUAAACUGUGCUUAAAAUAUCAUCUAUCAUGACUAUGAUGCCUUUGCCAUCAUCUGUAUCUCUCUACAUUAUAGUGUAUAACUCAUUACUAGAUUGCUUGCUGUUUGCUCUGUUCAAGAUGACAUCAGCAUCAUUUCAAUUAGACUUACCAAGUACAUUAGUACAAAGGGCAAUUCUGAAAUGUAAAAAAGCACAAUCAUUUCUGUUAUCAGGUUAUAGACUAGUCUUUACUUGGGUAUAGACUUUAAUGGCAGAUGCUUGGGUGAUAUUUUGUGUGCUAAUCAAGUAGCCUGUCUAAUGCAUCAAAGCAUUACUGUGCAUAGUUUUGCAUGAGAUGAAUCAGUUUUAGUAAAGAUAACCGUUUUCCUCAGAUCUGAAAUUCAGCACCAGAUUAGAUAAUACCUAAUGGAUGGUUAUUUCUUUGAAGCAUAAAAUAAACAGAAAUCAGAAUGAUAUUUGUUUAGAAAUAUUUUAUGGAGUCUAUUUAUUUUAGGAGUAUGCUUUGAUUAAUAUGGAAGAGAUUUUGCUAAGAGUAUGUCCACUGCAAAAAUAUUUUUACUUUGCAUAUAUAUUUCCAAUGGAGACCUUUUUUGCUUGCUGUAUUUCCAUGGAAAAAACAUAUUUCUGUAGAUUUGCUUGAUAUUUAAAUGGCUCAGUUUAAGGAGGAAAAUUUGUGAGGAAGAAUAAAUAAAUUUUUUUCAGAACAAUUUUGUUUACCUCUAUCUCUUAAGCCCUGAGGGACCAAUUGACAGAACUAUUUGUCUUGAGUUUAUGUUUUCCAACUAGUCAAUAAAGAAAAAUGCAUCAUG